GGGGAUUUGCUGCAUAUGUAAAUGUCAGUAUUUUAGGUCCCUCCUCUCCGCAUCAGUGUCUUUAUAAACGGCGGCGCGUCCCCGCCUCUCGUCUGUACAGUUCUGAGUGCGUUUGGAGAAGCGUGUACGCGCCAUUGCAACCGUAACUGCGACAUUACAGAUUAAACACGAUGUCUGACGAGGGGAAGCUGUUCAUCGGCGGCUUGAGUUUCGAUACCACCGAGCAGUCGCUAGAGGAUGCUUUUUCCAAAUAUGGAGUUAUCACCAACGUUCACGUGGCCCGAAACAGAGAAACAAACAAAUCAAGAGGCUUUGGGUUUGUUACCUUUGAGAAUCCAGAUGAUGCUAAAGAUGCUCUCGAGGGAAUGAACGGAAAGUCUGUUGACGGGCGAACAAUUCGUGUGGAUGAGGCUGGAAAAGGUGGCGGUGGACGAUCGGGUGGUGGAUCCUACAGAGGUGGAGGAGGAAGAGGCGGAGGAGGUGGUUUCUUCAGAGGGGGCAGAGGACGAGGAGGAUCAAGAGGUGGAGGUGGUUACGGAGGUGGUGACCGUUACGGGGGAGGUGAUCGCAGUUAUGGAAGUGACCGGAGCUACGGUGGUGGGGGAGGAUACAAGAGCGGCGGGGGUGGUUACUCCUCAGGAGGGGGUGGCGGCGGCUACAGCAGAGACAGGAGUUCAGGUUACAGUGAUCGUGGCAGCUCAUACAGAGAUGGCUAUGAUAGCUAUGAUGGAUAGCCGAGGCCAUGACUGUCUUAACCUGUUGCGACGUGUCCUUGUGUGUCGCACUUCCUCCUCAGCUGCACACAAGUAAACCCCAAGACCCGACACACCACUGGCUACACGUUUCUCAACCACCUGUUCUUGGAUUUCUGUUCUUCUGUUCAAGUAUUUUGAGGAAAAGCCAAUUUUGUACAUUGGCUGUGAAAUGUGUUCAUGUUACGUGGAGAGUGAACGUUGAGCCUCAUUUUAAAACCUCUGUCAAUACUCUGAGCAACUUUAUCUGUCUAUUGCUAUUAAUCUCAGUCCUGCAGGAAGUCACGUUUACUUUCAGGGGAAAUCCUAGUGUGUUUGCUCUGAACUGAAAAGCUCCUUUAAAAAAAAAAAAAUACAACUCAGAAUUCUAGCGUUACAUCAAUGGAGUCGCUGUAAUUUUAAAUAAAUGAUUCCUUUUAAUAGAAAGGUCAUGAAUUCUCCAUAUAUGUCCAGUAUCCAAAAAGUGAUUCCUUUCAGACUGGUGACCGCUGCUGGAGUGUCUGGUGCUGUUGAGUUGCUCUACCCGAGGUAUCUCUCCUCUGCCUGCUCCACGUCUGCAUUUUAACCAUGUUGUAAUGAUGGACUCUUGAGAAAAUUAAUUUAUAAUUUAGCCAAGAACCAGAAAUUGUUAAUCGUUCACUCAAAAACUGGGAAAAACUUGUGCUCCUGUGUUCUUUGUAUCAAAAUUUGACUCAUUCUUUAUUUUUUGGCUUCAUGGAGCCUUAUUAAACAAAAACAUUUGUUCAAA